UGAGGACAGCGAUUCGAAUACUAACGAGAAGUACGUGUAAGCCCGUUGGCUUACCUGGAUAAUGAAGCUCUUGACUACUUACAAUGAUGAAAUUCUGUGCUUUAUAAGUCAGCGGCCCACCACUCACCCUUGGAAUUCACUAUUCGAUCUGCACACUUUCAUGUCGGGACUUCAAGGAAACGUCUCUGCUCUCCGCCGGGAUAACAAUACAUCAGUAGUAAUCAUUACCCUGGUGUCCUAUGACUACAUACUGCAGUUCGAGAAAGAGGUCCGGUUUGUUUGGGCAAAACAGUGGUCAGUGAUGACAUGUCUUUACCUAGCUGUCCGAUAUUUUGGUUUAUUCCUUGCAAUGCUUACCGCCUUGUGGGGAGGACUGAUGUAUAUGCCUGAAACAGUGAGCUACCCUCUUCUUGUUUUAAUGCAAUGGAGUUUUUCUGCAUAUUUUUGCCUGGCGGAAGUCAUUCUUAUCUGGCGUCUUUACGCCCUAUACAACCAAUCUAAGCGCCUGCUUUAUGUUCUACUGGGGUUGUUCCUACCUAUCGUCGCGCUCUAUAUAGGGAUGGAUAUAUAUUUAUAUAGUCGACCCUCAGUGUUCUCGGUGCAAGAAAUAAUAACUCCGAACUUCGUGUACUGCGCGGGUUCCUUCCACAUGGGGCCGAUGCCUGCGAUAUAUGGUUCCAUUCCCAUCAUAUGCUUUGAUAUUUUCCUAGUGGUUCUCGCAGCUGCCAUCCUCGUGAAACACAUGAAAGAUCGCAGGGAAAUGAGAAUGAGGCCUAACGUCUACAUGCUAAUGAUCGUGCGAUAUCAUAUCAUAUACUUUGUCCUAAAUUUGACAUCUCAAAUCUUCACGGCGAUAUUAUGGGCCAACCUUUCAGACCUGGUGUUCGGUAUCGUAGUGACAUUCAACGAUAUCGCACCAUUUAUUAUCGCGCCCCGUCUGAUUGUCAGCAUUUGGGAUAGGCAUGCCAAUGACAAGUGCGUAUAUGUCAGUACGACGUUCGAAGAUUGUGUAUGUUGGACCUCGCCACCAAAAUUCGAGCAGUAUGAGAUGGGCUCCCGCGCAGAAAGGUUCCAAAACCAUGAUGAAGGAAAAAUUGGGGCAGAGUGAGGUGGUUAAACCCCUCAGACGCAGGUCCUGGCAGAGUUCUCUAAUGGGUACUCCACGGAAGUAAGUAGUUUAGGGCUGAGUUUUCUGUACCUACGUAGCCACAUCAAUCGCGAUCAGAACAGUUUCACGCAGAUUCUCCAUCCCAAGC